AUCGUCCUUCUAGUCGAUCGUGGAGAUUGUUACUUCACUCUCAAGGCGUGGAAUGCCCAAAAAGCCGGAGCAGCGGCAAUUCUGGUUGCUGAUGACAGGGUUGAGCCUUUGAUCACUAUGGAUACCCCAGAGGAAGAGGAUUCAAGUGCAGAUUAUCUACAAAAGAUAACCAUUCCAUCUGCACUUAUUAGCAAGUCCCUUGGGGAUAAAAUAAAAAAGAAACACUCUAAAGCAAAAGAAAUGGUCGUCAUAAGUCUUGAUUGGAGAGAAUCUCUUCCACAUCCUGAUGAGAGAGUUGAGUAUGAGUUCUGGACAAACAGUAACGACGAAUGCGGGCCCAAGUGCAGUAGCCAGAUAGGAUUCAUCAAAGAUUUCAAAGGAGCUGCCCAGAUACUUGAGCAGAAAGGAUAUACUCAGUUCACUCCACAUUACAUAACUUGGUUCUGCCCGGAGGCUUUUGUUUUGAGCAAACAGUGCAAAUCUCAGUGUAUCAACCAUGGGAGAUACUGUGCACCAGAUCCAGAGCAAGACUUUAGUCAGGGUUAUGAUGGGAAAGAUGUUGUUUUGCAAAAUUUGCGCCAAGCUUGCUUCUUUAAGGUGGCUAAUGAAAGUGGAAGGCCAUGGCUUUGGUGGGAUUAUGUUACGGAUUUUUCUGUCCGUUGUCCAAUGAAAUAUAAGAAGUACACCAAAGAGUGUGCCGAUCAAGUAAUGCGAUCACUUGGCAUUGAUCUUAAACAGAUAGAAGAUUGUGUUGGGGAUCCUGAGGAAGAUACUGAGAACCCUGUUCUAAAGUCAGAACAGGAAGCACAGAUUGGCAGAGGUUCUCGUGGAGAUGUUACUAUGUUGCCUACUAUUGUUUUAAACAACAGACAGUAUAGAGGGAAGUUGGACAGAGGAGCCGUUCUUAAGGCUAUUUGCUCGGGAUUUGAGGAGACAACAGAGCCGUCAAUUUGCUUAACUGAUGAUAUACAAACAAAUGAGUGCUUAGUGAACAAUGGUGGAUGCUGGGAGGAUAAAGAUGCUAAUAUUACAGCAUGCAGGGACACUUUCCGUGGGCGGGUGUGCGGCUGUCCCACUGUGCAAGGUGUGGAAUUUGUUGGUGAUGGUUACACUCAUUGUGAAGCACCUGGAGCACUGCGAUGUCGACUUAAUAAUGGGGGUUGUUGGAAGCAAACGAGGGAUGGUCUAACAUAUUCUGCUUGCAAUGAGGACCGCACAAAGGGUUGCCUCUGUCCUCCAGGUUUCAAAGGUGAUGGGGUUAGUACUUGUGAAGAUAUUGAUGAAUGCAAGGAGAAAACAGUGUGUCAAUGCCCUGAAUGUAAAUGCAAGAACACAUGGGGAGGCUAUGAAUGCAAUUGUCGUGGUAGUCUGUUAUACAUGAUUGAGCAUGACACAUGUAUAAGUAAAGCUGCAUAUACCGAGAUUAGCUGGGGUUCCGUUUGGGUCAUCAUACUUGGAGUGGCUGCUGCGGGACUUGCAGGAUAUGCUGUGUACAAGUACAGAAUCCAGAGGUACAUGGAUUCAGAGAUUCGUGCCAUCAUGGCGCAGUACAUGCCCUUAGACAAUCAAGGGGAGGUCCCCAACCACAUUGUCUCUCAGGGAAACUUCUGAGUAUCAAGCUCCUCCUGUCGCAGCUGAAUGGUGGCCCACACGGUGGUGUUACUUGGUGGUGUAAAGAGACAUGUCCUCCGUUGCUGAUCCAGAACCAAACCCUCUCUUUUUAAGCUCAAGGUCCAUCCUCCUUUUAGCAGCAGAUAUGCCACUGCCUUCUUGGAUAAAAUGUUCCAUUUAAUGGACAAAAGAUGUCUACGCAUGUAUAUGUAUGUAAUCCGUAGGACAUCCAUUAAGCUCCAGUAAGCUAGGUAGAUAGGAAAUUUGCGUGUAUGAUGUCUUCUCUUUAGACAAAAUACGGGGAUAUCCCAGAAGAAACUCCAAUAAUAAGAUUAAUUGUAACAUAUUUUGCCAAGAUUUUGCCCCCCUCCUAAAAAUAGGACUUACUAAACCUAGGACAGAAGUAAUCCAAAUUUUACUAUAAAACAAUUAUAUGGCCAUAUGGCGAUGUAUAUGGCCAUAUAUACGGCCAUGUCACCAUAUGUAUAUACUAUUCAUGGUUCAC